GCGGGCUCUUCCGGUCCGCCAUGCUGUAGGCUCGCCUGCUCUGGAGUCAGGGAGACGCUUCUGUUCUGUGUGCUGAGCUGCGAUCCGCUGCCGGGAGUUCUGAAGAGAGCGAGGUGACCCCGGAGCCCGCCAUGGAUGCAGUGACCUAUGAGGAUGUGCAUGUGAACUUCACUCAUGAAGAGUGGGCUUUGCUGGAUCCUUCCCAGAAGAGUCUCUACAAAGAUGUGAUGCUGGAAACCUAUUGGAAUCUCACUUCUAUAGGUUACCAAUGGGAAGACCACAGUAUUGAAGAACAUUGUCAAAGUUCUAGAAGACAUGGAAGGCAUAUCAUCUGUUACUCUGGAUACAAGCCAUGUGAGUAUCUGGGAAAUGGAAAGAAUCAUACCUCUGUUUUUCCCAGAACAAUUAGAAGAUAUGUUGUAGUCCCCACUCUAAGCAGACAUGAUGACUAUGAUAAAAGUUUAUUCUCUCACUUUGAAAAGGAACCUUACGAGUACAGGGAAUAUGGAAAAUCUUCUGUCUGUACUGGUUCACUUUGCACAAGUAAUGUGACUCACAGUUUUAAAAAAUGUUUUGACUGCAAUCACUGUGCUAAAACUCUGAGUCCUUCAUGUUCUUUUCAAAGACACGAAGAAAGUCAUAUGGGAAGAGGAAGUGGUAAUCUUGAGCCUUGUAUUAAGGACUUUAGCCAUCACAGAUAUCUUCAAACACACAAAACAACCAAUAAUGAAGAGGAUCUCUAUGAAUGUAAUCAACAUGGUAAAGCCUUUAGAUAUGAUUCUUUUUUAAAAAUACACCAAAGAACUCAUUUGGAAGAAAAACCCUAUGAAUAUAAUCAAAGUGAUAAAGUCUCUGCAAGUCACAAUAUUUAUCAAGUAUAUACAACUCAUUCUGGAGUGAAAAAGUAUGAAUAUCACCAAUGUGAUAAAGCCUUUACAAGUCCCAGUUAUCUUCAAAUAUAUAAAAGAAUUCUUACUGGAGAGAAACCCUAUGAAUGUACUCAAUGUGAUAAAGCUUUUGCAUGCUCCAGUUAUCUUCAAAUACAUAAAAGAAGUCAUACUGGAGAGAAACCCUAUGAAUGCAAUCACUGUGGUAAAGCCUUUGCACAGAAGAGUCAUCUUCACAGACAUGAAAGAAUUCAUACUGGAGAGAAACCCUAUGAAUGUAAUCAUUGUGGUAAAGCCUUUGCACACAAGUAUAAACUUCUCAUUCAUGAAAGAAUUCAUACUGGAGAGAAACCCUAUGAGUGUAAUCAAUGUGGUAAAGCCUUUGCAGAGAAAUGCAAUCUUCUCAGUCAUGAAAGAAGUCAUACUGGAGAGAAACCCUACGAAUGUAAUCAGUGUGAUAAAGCCUUUGCACAGAAGAGUGAUCUUCGCAGUCAUGAAAGAAUUCAUUCUGGAGAGAAACCAUAUAAAUGUAAUCAGUGUAGUAAAGCCUUUACUCAGAAAGGUAAUCUUCGAAGUCAUGAAAGAAUUCAUACUGGAGAGAAACCAUAUGAAUGCAAUCAUUGUGGUAAAGCAUUUGCACAGAAGAGUAAUCUUCUCAGUCAUGAAAGAAGACAUACUGGAGAGAAUCCUUAUCUGUGUAAUCAGCAUGCUAAAUCCUUUGCACUGGAGGAGAAUUUUCUCAUUCAUAAAAGAAGCCAUACAGGAGACAAAGCCUUUGAAUGUAAACAAUGUGGUAAAGCCUUUGCAAAGAAGAGUCAUCUUCUUAUUCAUGAAAAAAUUCAUACUGGGGAAAAACCCUACGAAUGUAAUCAAUGUGGUAAAGCUUUUGCAUGUAGCAGUAAUCGUCACAGGCAUGAAAGGUGUCAUACUGGAGAGAAACCCUAUGAAUGUAACCAAUGUGGUAAAGCUUUUGCACGUAAAAGUCAUCUUCGGAGUCAUGAAAGAUGUCAUACUAGAGAGAAACCCUAUGGAUAUAAUCAGUGUGGUAGAGAUUUUGCAUGUAACAGUCCCCUUCAAAUAAAAGAAAGAACUCAUAAUGGAGACAAACCUUAUGAAUGUAUUCAAUGUGAUAAAGACUUUGUUUAGUACAGUCAUCGUCACAAUCCUGAAAGAAGUCAUACUUGACCAAAACCCAAUGAAUGUAAUCAGUGUGGUAAAGUCUUUCCAUGUUGCAUUGUCCUUCAAAACCAUGAAAAUUUUCACACUGAUGAAAAUCCCCAUGAAUCUAAUAAAUGAGGCCAAGCCUUGCAGUCCACAUACAUUUUCCCGAACCGAGCUAUCUCAAUGGUGCUUGAAUAAGGUUAGUAGAACUACUCCUUGGUUAAAAUAUUGUCUCUUUUUCUAGUAAACAUUAUAGUCUAAGAAUAACAGAAACACAUGAUAAUUUGAAUAAUAAAAUGUUUUGUGAAUGAAAGUAA